AUGGCGGAGUCGGAGACGGGCGAGAGGAAUGAAGCAGAAAGCAAGGCUGUGACUUCCUUAUUUGCCUCCUUCCAGGAAUAUUUGUCGUCUGACCAGGAAAUAAGAGAGGUAGGAUGAGAAUACUCUGUGCACUUGUGGAGUUAAAGUAUCAUGUAGAGCCCAAACCGUUUUUUGAAAUAUCGCGCCACAUGUUGCGUUACAACAGUACACGUGUUUCAAAAUCUCCUCUCCCUAAUCCCCUCAGGAAGGCCCGAUACUCAAGCUAGUGUUUUAAUGUUGGAAGUAGGAAGAUGGUGCCUCAUGAAGGAACUGAUUUACAAACCUUUUGAAAAGUUAGUGCUUAAAACAAAAAUCAAUCUUGGUGUAGUGUAUCGAGAACUGCGAAUCGUCAGUCUGACAAGUAAAAAGUUCACGUGACAAGGCUGUCACGCAAUCUCAUGGGAGCGUUAAAAUUAAUAGGCAGGUCGGUCCAUCUUCCAGGAAGUUUCAAGUGUAAGAACUUACUUAUGAUCAUGUCAGCCCAAUUUUGCUUAACAUGGCAAGUAUACAGCUGUACAUGUAGAACUAAUGGCCUGUUUACAUGGAGGUGGGGUAGCCCAGGUUGGUGAGGUAAGCUGUUUAGGUGGGGUAACCUGCCUGUCCAUAUAAUCUCUCAUAUGGUCACCCCACCUAUCAUGUAAAUACAAUCAAUUAAAAUGAGAGAUUAUUUGGACAGGCAGGUUGCCUCACCUAAGCUGGCCCCAUUAUCUACCUAGGCUCCCUUACUUCCAUGUAAACAGGCCCUAUUAGUGAAGAACUGUCCUGUUGCCUGGUUGAUACAAUGCGAGGGAUUGUUGUAUUGCCCAUGUGUAGUACAUCGAUGCCCAUUUUACACCCCACAUUUCGAGUUACGAAGAAAUGUUGCAAUCAGUUUAAUAGACCUUGUCUCCGUUUUCGACGCCAUCUUGAUGAGUGGGCAAACGUGGGAGAAAUGACAGUGUUUGUAUGAGAAUCUAAUGUUGAAUAAUUUCUGUAAAUGGCUGUUCUGAAAAAACAAAAUUUUGGGGUGUACCUGUGCUUAAAUUUCUCCAGAGGCUUGCUUAAGAUUUUCCACAUAUUUGUCUGUAAUUUUUCCUUGGACUUUCUUGCAGACAAAUGUAUAGAAAAUUUAAAAAAGUGGGUCUAGGUCUUCUAGGGCAUGUAACGCCCUCAAUUUAUUUCAGUAGAAUCCUCAGGAGUGAAGUUUUAGUUUACAAGUCAUAUUUUUUUUUUUAGAACAGCCAUUCUACAGAAAUUAUUCGACAUUAGAUUCUCAUACAAACACUGUAAUUUCUCACAAGUUUGCCUACUCGUCAAGAUGGCAUCAAAAACCAUGACAAGGUCUAUGUUACAAGUACCUGACAGCCACUAUUUAUAUUUAUUAUCUGUCAGGAAAUCCGCACAGUAACACGUGAGUUAGAGCAGUCAGCAAGAGAAAUCCUAGCUGUGUUACAAGCAGUCCAUCAAACCCCUAACCCUGAAGGUAUAUACACAUGUUUGUCAUGGCGCUUCAUGAGCCAACUCCCUUAUCAACAUAAAACUAGAACAUCAAUUUAUAUAUAUCAAAUUUGACAAAGCAUGAGGUCAAGAUGCCUGGAUAUUGGCCAAGUUCCUGUCAAGGGGUGCCUCAAUUGUAAAGUUGCAAAUUUGACAAAAAAUGGUUAAAUCUGACAAAAUUUGCAAACCUCGUGAGAAUUAACCAAGGGGUUGGUGAAUAUUCAAGUGAGAUAGCAAGUUGCAUGCAUUUGUAGACAUACCUCAAAAUAAAAAUAAUAGUAAAUCGUUGAAAUCUAGAGGUGUUGUUAAUUAAGAAACUAUUGUUUAACCAUAAGGUGUCUUCUUCACUUUAAAAAACACUGACAUUUUGUUGGUCAUAUCACUCUCUAGAACCCCUUGGAACCUUGGAACUCCCCCCUGUGGGAAAAGGUGCUGGUGGGUCUAGCUCAAUUGCAAUUAUUGUGAUGGUUGCUGUUGGAACCCAAAUAAUGGAUCAUAUGUGCCUUGUGAAUAGCCCCAAAGAUUUACUUGCGCUUCUCUCAUUUAUGCUGUAUACAUGUGAUGAUUAAAUUAAUUCUCUUUAUACAUGUCCUGUCUUACUCUGCAGUUGUUAAAAGGAUAUGUGAUAAAAGCAGACAUAUGUUUUCCACUGUCAAGUCACAAUAUAAGAAUCUUAUGGAAAAGAUUCCUGUAGGGCAAUAUUACAGGUGAAUUGGUGCAUCAUUGUUAUUGAUACAGUAAAUAUUAUUCAUAAUUUAGUUAUCUGACUUCUUGUUUAAGUAUAAAUCUUCAAAGGUCUUUUCAAAUUAUUUUCCCAGCAGUACUUAUAAUCAUACUGUAGAUACAAAAUGAAUUGUCUGUCCCAACUGCCCAAAGCGUUUAUAAGACGCGAACUUCGUAGCCUUCUUUUCCAGCUUCUGCUGGAACUUCGAGCCUUUCAGCUUUCUCUCCCCCUCUUCUUUCGCUUCUUCCCGUUUUCUUUUCUUUGUUUUGCAUUCACUAGAGAUAGAUUUACAUGUAGUCCAAUAAAGCUGGAAAGAUAAAUAAAUAAAUUAAUUAAUACUAGGUUUCAUUUCGGUGGAAAGAGUUUAUGAGGAAGCUUUUAGUAUCUUAGAAUUAGUUGGAAGGAAGUGUAGGUGGGUAGUAGAACAAGGUUUACAUGGGAAUUUUCAGGUCAGCUUUGCACUGUAUGAGGCCCCUCCCCGCCUUCUUUUCUUCUUUUUUUUUUUUCUUACCUCCUGGACUGAAUUGGGCUCGUUCUGGUAUGGUUUCUCGUCCCCCUUCAUAAGUUAGAUUAGCCUGCGAAGGCAUCCGUUUCUCCUCCCUCUUCGCCGAAAUGUUUUCGCAAGCUAAAGUUAGAUGACAAAGUUGCCCUUGACCGUUAAAACGACGUCAUAAGGUGUAGAAAGGACGUGGAUCCUCACGGACGGCUCAGGGGCAAAUAGGUUAAGUAAUGCUAAAUAAUAGUGCUCCUUUUUUGAUAUUCUCAUACUUUUGCUCUGCAUGUUUUAUACACGUAUUGUAGGUUUUGUGAUCAUUGGCGCUUUGUGAGCCAGAGAUUUGCUUUCCUUGGUGCGUUUAUUUUGUACUUAGAAAGUGAAAGACUCAUUACGAGGCAGGAGCUGGCAGAAAUGCUUGGAGGUGAGUUUUUUUAAAGAAUAAAAUGUGUAAAACAUAAAAACAAGGAAACGUUACGCAGGGUCCUAGAAGUGGGAUGAGAGUGAAGUGAAAUGACAUCGAAGUGUUUUAAGACUCAAGUGGAACCAAGAACCGCAGGUGAUUGAUUUCACUGCUUAGUUUUGAACAAUUUGACGUCAUGUCUAUGGUCGAUAAGAGUAUAGAACGUGGGAAAUUGUUAUCCAUUUGUUUUCUUGCAAUAUCAUUCUUGGCAGUUUUUGACUUCCUUUCCGGUGAAGUUUCUCAGAAUAUCGCGCGACUAAGAAAAAGAGAAACAAAUGACGCCACCUUUACGUCAUUCCAAUGGUCUGUACUAUUAUCGACCAUAUCUCUCGAUCAAUGAACUGGCGAAAAAUCGCUCAGUUAUUGUAAACAAACUCUUUCACUUUAAGAAAGAUAAGAAAACUGAGACAGCACGUUAUCAUUUAUAUUAAUAUAGCUGAAAAGUCCACUACCGGGCCGCCCGGUUAGCUCAGUUUGGAGAGCGCCGGUCUGCUGAGCGGGAGGUCGCGAGUUCGAAUCCUGGCCGGACCAACACUCAGGGUCUUAAAAAUAACUGAGGAGAAAGUGCUGUCUUUGUAAUGACAUCUGCAAAUGAUUAGACUUUCAAGUCUUCUCGGAUAAGGACGAUAAACCGGAGGUCCCGUCUCACAAACCUUGUUCACAUAUAACUCUGUGGGACGUUAAAGAACCCACACACUAUUCGAAAAGAGUAGGGGACGUAGUUUCCGGUGUUGUGGUCUAUCUUCAUCGCUUACAUCAUCACUCAUCAUGGGUUGGGAGAGUUCAGUGGGCUCAUAAAUGGACUGAUAGCGGUCCGAGCCCACUGCCAUCGGCGGACCCUUUUGUCCUCUCAAUCGCGACAUUUAUGUCCGAGCCCAUUACUUACAAAACAGUACAGUACAGUACAGUAAAGUAGGACAUGUAUGUUUGUCCUCUCAAUCGCGACAUUUACAUUACAUUACAUUACAUCACAAUCUUGACGUGUAGGACUGUUCGAAUGGGCAGUCUUGUCACUGGUUUAUCAUUAUAAUAUGCCUUCCAUUUUUUUACUUCACCUAAAUGCUCACGUUGAAGUCCUUUCGUUUCGUUUACAGAUUGCGCGCUGGCCAAUAUUUUUUGCUAAAGUACAUACCCAACCCAAUAUAUGGGCGAAAAGCUUUAUCACUGCGGUCUUGAUUUAUCAUCUGGAGUUUGGUCGUUUCGAUUCAAGUCGUUUCGAUACGAAGAAGUGAAAUUGCACAAAAAUUUCGAUCAAUACAAGUAUAGUUUGCGGGUGAACAUGAAAAACUUUUUGGGUGAAUAUUCUUCGUUCUUGAGGCCAGUUACUCUGAGCACUAUACCUGGAACUAUUUACACCUGAAGUGAAUAAACUUGUAUUGAAACGACUUUGUAUAGAAACGACCUCUUAUCUCUUAUCGUUUCAGUUCAGGUAGAUCGCAGUACAUCUGAUGGUUUUCACAUUGAUCUGGAUGAUUUUUUAACCGGUCUACUUCUGUUGGCUAAUGAGCUGGUGAGUCUACAUUUAAACGUAAUAUUCUGCUUGCCUUUACUGUGGUUACAAGAUACUUUCCCUGGGCAGUUUCUCAUUUCGGCUAAGUCUUUAUAGGGACUCGCUCGUAGUUUUGGCCUAAAGGCAAUAUAUACAUGCAAGGCAUGCCUGCUGCACUCGAUCGCCUGCACGCGAGAAAAGCAUCACCACAUGGUAAGGUAAUCCAAGACAUUCUUGGAUUCUGGAUUCAACGCUGCGAAUUCCGGAUUUUAGAUACUGGAUUCCGGAAUUCUUGUCAAUUUGGAACUAGGUUUCCGGAUUCCAAAGCCCAGGAUUCCGGAUUCCACAAGCAAAGAUUUCCGGGAUCUGGAACCCGGAUUACUUUACAAGUGGCGACCGGGUGGCUUGCCGUGUCACGACACGUCAUAUCCCAGGCUAAAAUUUCCUCUUAUCUUCUCUUCCAGUCGCGGUUUGCGGUGAAUAGUGUAACAGCUGCGGAUUAUGGCCGGCCGUUCAGAAUAGCUGCGUUUGUAGCAGAACUCGACGCGGGUUUCAGACUUUUAAAUCUCAAAAAUGACUCACUUAGAAAGAAGUUUGACGGCCUCAAAUACGACCUCAAGAAAAUCGAAGAAGUCGUGUACGACCUUACCAUAAGAGGACUGAAACCAGCUUCUGCAGUCACAGAAACAACUUAA